AUGAAGUCUGUUUUACCUCUUAGUCUUCUUUGUAUCACAAGUGUAGUUGCUUCUGUUUCGAGACAGAUUCAACUUGGUGAUCUUGAAUACUUUGUUCCACCUGAACCAGUAUGGAAAAUAAAGGAUUGGAAUUUCUCUGCUCCCGGUGAAGAGUUUACGCCUAUCACUGUUGUAAACAUCAUCGAGGAUCCAACGGGGCUGUUGAAUAUUUCUCAUUCUUUGGAAGGGUUUGAGAAAGAUGAUGUGUGGACAGAACACUUCGCGAAUGCUAACAGUUCAGUCAUGUACUAUCAGACAGACUCCGAUGACAUUGGAGGGUACAGUACAAAAUAUAAUGCCACAUCGGUAUACUAUGCCAAUGACUCAAACCCAGCUGGCCCAUACUUUGUCCAUCGUUAUACAGGCAACGUUUAUCAAGCUUACCGACUAUACGCCGAUACUUCCCAGGCUUUUAUCCAAUCAACAUAUCAAGAUCCCAAUGGAACUCACCAUCCACUCCGCGCAGGCAUUCAAUCCGCAGCAGGCCUAACCAUCGCUGUCCCGUCGCGACUCUACUUCACACCCACUGCAGAAAAGCCGCUCGCAGGCCUCCGUAUCGGUAUAAAAGACCUCUUUGACAUGAAAGGCGUCAAAACAAGUUUUGGCAGCAAAGCAUGGUAUGACAUGAGCAAGGUCAAGAAAGAAUCAGCCAUUGUAGUCCAAAAGCUCAUCGACGCUGGUGCUGUCAUCGUCGGCAAGAACAAACUUUCAGAGUUUGCUUUUGCUGGUUUGUUCGUCACAGAGCAUAUCGACUAUCUACUCCCGGUUAAUCCCAGGGGUGAUGCAUACCAGUCUCCUAGUGACAGCUCAGGUGGUUCUGCUGCGGCCGUUGCAUCAUAUGACUGGCUUGAUGCGAGUCUAGGAAGUGAUACCGGAGGCAGUAUUCGUGGCCCCGCUGCUACCAAUGGUGUUCAUGGGGGUCGUCCAAGCCAAGAUGCUGUUAAUCUGACUGGUGCCUUACCUCUGUCUACCUCCAUGGAUACAGCCGGUAUCAUUGUCCGUGAUCCUCGGAUGUGGGCAAACAUUGAAGAUUUUGAGCGAGACUCUCCUGAAGCAGCAGAAGCUGUGAAAGAAUUCUUAGACGGGCUGUCAAAACUUCUCUCAACAAAACCUAAGACAAUCGACGUUGACAAACUUUGGGGAAAUUCAACACCAGAAGAAUACAAAGGUAGAUCUCUAGCGGAUGAUGUCUUGACGCUAUACGGCAGACUCUGCUUUUACGAGCAAUGGGCCGAAAUCGGAAAAGACUUCAUUGAAGAGUACCAGGGUUCCAACAAUGGCGCUUUUCCCUAUAUGGUUGACGGUAUUCGUGAAGGCUGGCUAGAUGCCAACAAAACCUAUACGAAAGACACUUACAAGGAUGAUUUGGAUCUUAAGAAUACUAUCGAGGAUUGGGUCGAAAAGGAGCUUCUAAGUCCAGACAAAAAGUCCUGCUCAGAAGCUAUCUACGUCUACAUUUCCGUCGCUAGUCAAUUCUAUAAACCAGAUGUUUCACAAAACUUCGGCAACCCCUUCAUCCGGGAACUUCUUCUUGAGAAUACUGAUCAAAAGGCUACCAUCGCCCAGCUCAACCAAACUGUCAACUGCAACUCAACUCUUGGGUCGGAGGAAGCUUGUAAAGAGUCAACUACCCCCGAGCCAUCCUUGAACGAUACCGCAACAGAUUUUCCCACGUCUCCGAAUCGAUUAGCCUCGAUUGCGGGGAUUCCGGACUAUGCCAUCACGUUGGGUGCGUUUGAUAUGGGAAGUUUCUCUAAUGUAACACUUCAGAAUCAGACGACUCCUGUGUCUGUAAAUAUCAUGGCCGGAAGAGGUUGUGACUUUGUUAUUCUUGAUAUUUUAGAAGCUCUACAUAAGGAAGGAGUGAUCAGGAAAGUCAAAACUGGUGCUGAGCCUUGA